AUUUGUCAUAUACAGCGUGUGACGUGUGAUCGAACACUCAACACUGACGUAUUUAUUUUUGUCCAUAUUUAUAAUUAUACAGCAAGGGAAGGGGUAAGGCACUAAUGAGGCCCAAGGUUGCGUCCUAAGCGUCAAGCAAAAGACUCUUCACUUUUACCUCUCGACGUAGACCUUACGGUUGAAUAUAAAAUUUUCUCUAAAAAUAAAAACUUGAUUUUAAAACAUUGUAUUGUGAGUAAAAAUGUGGAAAUUAUAAAUUUAAAUAUAAAUUUCAAAACUUUUUUGUAUAGUGAAGAAAGUAUGAUUUUUCAUAAUUCUUUGGUGUUGGAGUUUUGAACGAGUGUUUUCCAGUGAGAAAGUGCAUCCAUCUGUGUUGGGAUAAGUGAAGUUUCCUGCUUGAAAAUUUUAAAAGGAUAAAAUAAAAAUUAGUUAGAUACUGAAUAAAUGAAAUGGAUUUGUCAGCGGUACCUCUAUUGGCAUUGUCAAACAAUUCAAUCACGCUAAUUUCCACGCUAUUAAAUCCUAUAAGAGUACUGCCUGGGGAUAAUGGAUUACCAAGAGAUUGGAGAGGAUUGGCACAAAUUUUUGAAUUACCAGGCGAGACGAUGCCUCUACUUUAUACCCAUUUGAAUCCGUCCAAAUAUAUUUUAGAAGCAAUUGACAAUAAAACAUCUCUAAAGGCUCUGCAAGAUGCUUUCGAGGCAAUCGAAAGAUGGGACGUGUUUGACGAUACAGAAAUUCUCUUUGAAAAAGAUGUCCAAGUCUAUAAUGAAAAUCUCAAGCGAUCUCAGAAAACAGCAGAAGAUGUUAUUGCAAAUACGGAUUUAGAAAUACUCACAAUUGGUAAAGAAUAUUUCGCUUAUUUAUCAAAAAUUAAUCACUUUAUUUAUUUAAUUAGCAAAU